AAAAUCUUUGAGAAAUAGAUGAAGACCCCUGAGGAAAUAAAUAAAUAAAAUUCAUUUACAUAAAAGGUGUACGACUAUCACAGAUUCACGCGUCUUCAGUAUUCAUUGCCCUCUCAACUUUGUUUCUCCUUCAUCACUCCCAAGCAGCUUCCGCUUACUUUCCUUUCUCUCUUCACAAAGAACUUCUUCAUUGAUGUUAUUAAUUAACAGUUUAGUGUUAACCACAACUCUUGUGCAGCACAUACAUACACUUCUUCAAACUUCAAACAUAUGGCAUCCGCCUCUUCUUCCACUUCAAUCCACCUACCACCACCACGAUCAUGCACCUAUCACGUGUUCUUGAGUUUUAGAGGAGAAGACACUCGCACAGGCUUCACUGGCCAUCUCUAUGCGGCCCUCAACAGAAAGGGAAUCACAACCUACAAAGAUGACCAAAACCUUCGCAAAGGCCAUGUUAUUUCAAAAGAACUCCUCAAAGCAAUUGAAGAGUCCAUGUUUGCAGUAAUUGUUUUUUCACCGGACUACGCUUACUCCAGUUGGUGUUUGGACGAGCUCCAAAAAAUCAUGGAGUGUAAGAACCAGCUGGGGCUACAGAUCGAGGCAGUGUUCUACGGUGUGAAGCCUUGUGAUGUGAGAUACCAAAGAGGAACCUUUGAAGAAGCUUUCAAGAAACACGAAGAGAGACAUGACAGUGAGAAGGUCAAAAGAUGGAGAGAUGCGCUAACAGAAGUUGCUGCUCAUUCUGGUUGGACCUCCAAAAAUCAGGACGAAGCAGUACUUGUGAAAAAUAUUGCUCAACAUAUAUUUGAAAUAUUGAUUCCUAAGUUGCCAUCUUCAAUGAAGAAUCUUGUGGGGAUUAAUUCAAGAGUGGAACAAGUAAUUACUCUAAUUGGCCUUGGAUUGAAUGAUGUUCGUUUUAUAGGCAUAUGGGGAAUGGGCGGCAUGGGUAAGACCACUAUUGCUAGAGCUGUCUUUGAAACCAUUCGAAGUAGCUUUGAAGUUACUUGCUUUCUUGCUGAUGUAAGGGAGCAAUGUGAGAAAAAAGAUAUUACUCGCAUACAAAAGCAACUUCUUGAUCAAAUGAAUAUAAGUUCAAAAGCUGUUCAUAACAAGUAUGAUGGGAGGACAGUAAUUCAAAACUCUUUACAUCUGAAAAAGGUACUUCUUGUUCUUGAUGAUGUAAAUCAUGAAAAACAAUUAGAGGAUUUGGCUGGGGAGCGAGAUUGGUUUGGUCCUGGAAGCAGAAUAAUAAUUACAACUAGAGACGUAGAGGUGCUAAAGGGACCAGAGGUGCAUGAAACAUAUAAGGUUGAAGGGUUAGUGGAAGGUGAAGCCCUUAACCUCUUUUGUCUGAAAGCCUUUAAACAGCAGGAGCCUACAGAAGGGUUUUUGGAUUUGUCCAAAAAAGUGGUCAAAUACAGCGGUGGUCUCCCAUUGGCACUUAAAGUAUUGGGUUCCUAUCUUAAUGGUAGACCUACUAUUGCGGUUUGGUAUAGUGCUAUUGAAAGAAUAAAGAAGUCUUCACUUUCUGAAAUUAUUGAUGUGUUGAAAAUAAGCUAUGAGGGUUUAGAAGAUAGAGAAAAGGAUAUUUUUUUAGAUAUUGCUUGUUUCUUUAGAGGAAUGCUGAAAGAUUCUGUAACAGAGAAAUUAAAAAGAUCUGGUCAUGAUGCUGAAAUCGGUAUUGAUAUUUUGAUUAAAAGAUCAUUGGUCACAUUAGAGCCGGAGAUAUGCGGGGAGUUUACUCUGGGGAUGCAUGAUCUGCUUGAAGAAAUGGGCAAACAAAUUGUUAUUCAGGAAUCUCAGAAUGAUGUUUGUAAGCGUAGCAGAUUGUGGUGUUUGGAGGAUGUUGAAUUUGUACUUACUCAAAAGAAGAAAGUUAAAGCAACUCAUGGCAUCGUUCUACAUAAUUGGUAUAGCUGGUAUAGCAAGACUGAAGUGAAUCAGAGAGAUUUAUCUUUCUCAAAAAUGUGCCAGUUAAAGCUUCUCAUUUUAGAUGGCGUGGAAGCUCCCAUUCUCUGCGAUAUUCCUUGUACAUUAAAAGUAUUUCGCUGGAAUUAUUGUCCACUGAAAACUCUGCCCCUUAAAGAUCAUCAACGCUAUGAACUUGUUGAAAUUAAUCUGUCUAAAAGCCAAAUUGUAGAGUUAUGGGAUGGAAAGAAGGUUUUAGAAAAGUUAGAGCACUUGGAUCUGUCACGGUGCAAGCAGCUGAAGCAAACGCCAGAUCUUAUUGGGGCUCCCUAUCUUAAAAAACUUAAUCUUUGUGAAUGCAAGGAGCUGGAUUAUAUUCACCCGUCUCUCGCACACCACAAGAGGCUUGUUGAAUUGGAGUUAAGGGAAUGUGAAAGUCUUGAAACACUUGGAGAUAAAUUGGAGAUGAGUUCACUCGAGAUACUAAAUCUAAGCUGGUGCAAUAGUUUGAGAAGAUUGCCAGAUCUUUCUGGGGCUCCCAAUCUUAAAAAACUUAAUCUUCAGGGAUGCGAGAAGCUGGAUUAUAUUCACCCGUCUCUCGCACACCACAAGAGGCUUGUUGAAUUGGAUUUAAGUGGAUGUAAGAGUCUCGAAACACUUGGAGAUAAAUUGGAGAUGAGUUCACUCGAGAAACUAGAUCUACGCUGGUGCAGUAGUUUGAGAAGACUGCCAGAAUUUGGGGAAUGCAUGAAACAGUUAUCGAUUCUUGAUCUGGAAGGUACAGGUAUAGAAGAGCUACUCCCAACGCUUGGCAAUUUGGCUGGCGUGUCUAAGUUGGACUUAACUGGAUGCCACAAGUUUACUGGUCUUCCCUUAUCACUUGGAUGUUUCGUUGGCCUUAAAAGGUUGGUGUUAAGUAGAUUCGUGGAGCUUAGUUGUCUUCCUCACAAAACUCAUGGGUUAGAGUCCCUCAGAGUCAGAGCUGAUUAUGAUGAUUCUGACAGCUCAUCUAGAGAAGAGUCGACCCUUUCCUAUGAUAUUGCCCACUUAGCCUCGUUGACGCAUUUGGAUUUAUCUCACAGCAGUUUUUUAAGAGUUCCAAUAACUAUCCAUCAACUUACCAGACUUAAAUGUCUGAACGUAAGCUGUUGCGAUGAAUUGGAGGUUUUACCAGAGCUUCCAUCAAGUCUACGAGAAUUAGACGCACAGGGUUGUGAUUCACUGGAUGCAUCGAAUGUUGAUGAUGUUAUAUCAAAGGCGUGUUGUGGCUUUGCAGAAUCAACUAGCCAAGAUCGUGAAGACUUCUUGCAAAUGUUGAUCCCUAGGAAGGAAAUUCCAGCAUGGUUUGAGCAUCAGGAAGAAGAUGACGGAGUAUCAGUGUCAUUCCCGCAGAAUUGCCCUUCAAUUGAAACCAUCGCACUUGCUCUCUGUUUCCUAAUUGAAAAAAGAUGUAUUGACGAAGAAAAUCCAUCGGUGAUCUGCAACGGUUAUCAUCAUCAUCUUGAUAUAGGACGUAGAUAUGGAGCACGUUGGGUGACUAAGCAAGACGUUGAAGGUUUCAAGAAAACAAAAUCAAAAACUGGGAAAAGGAAAGCUACUCUUCAACGUAUUAUGGACAUCAUCUCACAUUCUUCACCUUCUACUUCUGGGAAUAAGAUGCUUGUGGUUGACCCUCCAAUGUAUGAAGAAGAGGAAGAACAUGAUUGCCAAGCUUAGAUCUCUUCAGCUAAAAGGCUCCUCAUAUUUGAAGCUAUUGACACAGCUCACUGCAUCCAUUCAACUGCCAUUUAAACCCAGAAAGAAAUCAACGAGUGAGACUUGGCAAGCCUGACGUGACAGAUUCAGAUUCAUUAGAGUGUGAAGGAGAAAAUCUGCAGCCCAUGACAUCUUUUCUUUCCAAAAAGGGUCCAGCUUUCAAAGAAAAGAAUACACAUUGGACAAAAGCAACUCUCUGUGCCUA